AUGGAGGACAAAGGCCCCCGUGUCGCUGACUACUUCGUGGUCGCCGGCCUCACCGACUCGCCCUCGCCGCUGGAGGAGGGCCUGCACUGGGAUGACGUCUCCCCACGGUCGCUCCAGCCCAAAGCCUCGAUCACCGAUGUGGCCGUGGUCAUCCGCUCGCUGGGGGAGGAGGUGCCGGCCGGCUUCACCUGCCUCGACAGCACCCCCUCUGGCCUCUCGGCGGAACUGAACGGGGCCAGCCUCCGGGGCCCGCAGAUCUUCUUGUGCUUCAAGCGUGGGAGAGAUAAGCCGCCGCUGACAGACCUCGGCGUCCUGUACGAGUGGAAGGAGAAGCUAAAGCCCGGCUGCCACAUCGUUCAGACCACUCCGGCCGGACGUCCCGCCAACAUCAGCGGCUCCUCGUCCCAGCGCAUCUACAUCACGUACCGCCGGGCCCCCAAGAGCCAGCCCCACACCUCCCUGGCCCUCACCGACGUCUGCAUCAUCGUCCCGGGGAAAGGAGAGAGCCCCCCACACACCUUCUGCAAAGUGGACAAGAACCUCAACAGCAGCAUGUGGGGCUCCUCCGUGUACCUGUGCUAUAAGAAGUCAUUGGCCAAAGCUAACACCAUCCCAUACAAAGCAGGCCUGUUGUGCCGGUACCCAGAGGAGGACUACGAGUCGUUCCCUCUGCCAGAGUCCGUGCCCAUGUUCUGUCUGCCCAUGGGGGCCACCAUCGAGUGCUGGCCCGCCCACACCAAGCACUCUCUGCCCGUCUUCUCCACCUUCGUCCUGACCGGAGCCUCCGCCGAGAAGGUGUACGGAGCAGCCAUCCAGUUCUACGAGCCGUUCCCUGAGGACGAUCUGUCGGAGAGGCAGCGCUCGCAGCUGGGUCUGUCCUGCUCCGGCCUGUCCUGCUCCGGCCUGGGCCCCGAUGGAAGCAGCCUGUACCAGAACAAGAGCAUCUGCCUCCUGUCCCACUGGCCUUUCUUCCAGUCCUUCCGGAGUUUCCUCACAUUCCUCUAUCGAUAUUCCAUCUCCGGGCCUCACGCUCUGCCCAUCGAGAAACACAUCGCUCACUUUAUGCUAAACGUUCCUUUCCCGUCGGUGCAGAGGCCUCGGAUCCUGGUGCAGCUGUCCCCACACGACAGCCUGAUCCUGAGCCAGCCCGUCUCCUCCCCUCUGCCUCUCAGUGGAGGCAGUCUGUCCACGCUGCUGCUGAACCUGGGACCAAAGAACGCCGCGACUCUGCUGGUGCUCGCCGUCACCGAACACAAGAUCCUGGUGCACUCCCUGAGACCCGCGGUGCUCACCAGCGUCACCGAGGCCCUGGUCUCCCUGAUCUUCCCGUUCCACUGGCCCUGUCCCUACAUCCCGCUGUGUCCUCUGGCUCUGGCCGACGUCCUGAGCGCCCCCUGUCCCUUCAUCGUGGGUCUGGACUCGCGAUACUUCGACCUGUACGUCCCCCCCGCGGACAUCAGCUGCGUGGACCUGGACACCAACACCAUCUCUCAGAAAGAGGACAAGAAGGCGGUGACGUGGAAGCUGCUGCCGCGGAGAGCCUGCAAACACCUCCUCAACAGCCUGAGCAAAGUCCACCAGCAGCUGCUCCAGGGGGGCCCUGUGAACCGGGACGACCUGCAGACGGAGCCCGCCAUGACGGACUGUGAGCUGGAAGGAGGCAAGAGUCUGCAGACGCUGGAGCUGGAGAUCCAAGAGGCUUUCCUGCGCUUCAUGGCGGCCAUCUUGAGAGGGUACCGGUCCUACCUGCUCCCCAUCACCCAGGCACCCUCCGAGAAGACCACAGACGCCAGCUCUCUGUUCGACUUACAGGGAUUCUUAAAGAGCCGCGACCGCUCACACCAGAGGUUCUACUCCCUCAUGAUGAAGACGCAGAUGUUCAGCCGCUUCAUCGAGGAGUGCUCCUUCGUCAGCGACAAAGACGCCAGCCUCGCCUUCUUCGACGAGUGUGUGGACAAGUUAUUCUGCAGCGGAGGAAAGGUGGACAGUGAACACUCUGAGGACACACGACUCAUCGAUCUGGACGAGUCUCACUUCAGCGAACACACCGUCUACAUCAACCCCCCAGAGCUGCCCCCCCUCCCAGAGGGACAGGAGCACCCCCUCUGCUACAGUUACUCUGGGUUCCCGGUGCUGGAGGUGGAUCUGCUUCAGCCUCUGGAGGGACCGUCUCCUCCGUCAGCGGCCGCCAGCCUCCGCCACAUCAACCCCGCCAGCCCCACCGCCAUCUUCAGGCGCUCCAAACAGGAGAUGAAGCUGGCCCAGAGAACGGCCCGGUCUGACUCUGCGGUGCCUCAGAUGUGGUCCAAGUGCCUCCUGCGUCACUGCUACGGCCUGUGGUACAUCUGUCUGCCUGCCUUGGUCAGCAGCAGCGCCUCCAGGGUGCGGGCGCUGCGCACGGCCUACGACCUGCUGCGGAAGAUGCAGGAGCGCAACCUGCAGGCGCCAGACGAGGUGUGUUACCGUGUGUUGCUGCAGUGUAGUGAUUGUGAGUUGUGUCUUGUGCAGGUGUGUUACCGUGUGUUGCUGCAGUUGUGUGGCACCUACAGUCAGCCCGUUCUCGCCGUUCGAGUCCUGUUCGAGAUGAAGAAAGCCGGACUGCAGCCGAACGCCAUCACCUACGGAUACUACAACAAAGCGGUGUUGGAGAGCACGUGGCCCUCCAGCACCAGAGGAGGCUUCUUCAUGUGGAGAAAAGUCCGGAACAUGGUCCUGGGAGUCGUCCAGUUCAAGCAGGCCUUGAAAAAACAAACCAGUCUGAGAAAAGACCCUCAACUCUCAGACGGCAGUGACCUGGACACGGUGAGCCACGGCAGCGUGGACAGCGCUAACGACUCCGCGGAACGAAUCUCCAUCGACACCGACUUCACUAAGAUCGACUCCAGCGACGACGGCUUCAGCACAGGUGGUCAGUCAGAUCAAGGCUACGACUCUCUGUCCAAAGAGGAGGAGCGUCUGUGUGUGCGCGACAGUGAGGCUGGUUCCGGGGGCCGGCUGGUGUGUGCGGACCCCACUGUGUCCAGACCAGAGCGCCCCAAGUCUCUGGAGCUGUGUGCGGGACAGGAGGGCUCCGUGAGGGUCCCUGCUCCUCCACCCAAACCCCCAAGCACCGACCGACUGUGCCAGGUCCAGGAGGAGGAGGCCGAGGGAGACCGAGCCAAAGAGAGGGAUCAGGACGAGACCAGGGACAGCAGAGGCAGUUCAGAGACAACGACAGCCUCCUGCGACCCCAGCACCAGCACAAGCACCGCAGACCCGGACUGUGGACCGUCUCCGCUCUCGUCUCCCAGACCCUCCACGCUCCAGCGCUCUGCCUCCCACCUGCCCCUGCCCCUCAAGACCAAAGACCGGCUCAGGCAAUCCCCCUCCCUGCCACUGGGGGAGCUGCGGGACAGAGCUUCCCCCCUGAAGUCUCCCACCUCCCCCACCCCGUCCACGGCCUCGUCCUUCUCCAUGGACUCCCUGUUCACGCCCAGUCUGGACGUCUUCAAGUUCAGCGUCAUCUCUGCGGGAAAAGGCGUGGCUGAGAAGGCCAGCCGGCUGUACUCUCGCCUGUCCUCCCAGAACUCACUCUCACAGGACGUGAACAUGGACCGUCUGAGCGUGUCGUCGCUGACCUCCGCAGACGCAGACUCUUCUUCUCUGUUGGACUCAGACCUGUGUUUGGAGCCCGAGGGGUUCACGUCCCCUCAGCACCUCGCCUCCCGCGGCCUCAGACGCAGCCCCAGCACCCCCGACCGGGUCUUCAGACACAACUCCUUCUCUGGUGGUUUGUCUCUUGCUGCUAAAUCCGGUCUCACUCCGGACUCGUCUCCUGAGUGCAGCCGCUUCCAGGCCUCUCCCAGCUUCUCCAUCGAGGUCCUGAUGUCCAGCUGCAGCCGCUGUAAGACGUGUGAGGCGCUGGUGUACGACGAGGAGGUGAUGGCGGGAUGGACGGCCAACGACUCCAACCUCAACAGUUGCUGCCCCUUCUGCGGAUCCGCUUUCCUGCCCUUUCUCAGCGUGGAGAUCAAGGAGCUGAGGCCACACAACAGAUCUCUUUCUAAACACUGUGACACUGUCCUGGAAGAGGAGAAUCCUGCCUCAGUCCCCUCAGUCUCUUCAGUCUCUUCAGUCCCCUCAGUCUCCUCGGCCCCCUCAGUCUCCUCAGUCCCCUCGGCCCCCCCGGCCCCCUCAGCCCCCUCAGUCCCCUCAGUCCCCUCAGUCCCCUCGGCCUCCUCAGUCCCCUCGGCCCCCCCGGCCCCCUCAGCCCCCUCAGUCCCCUCAGUCCCCUCAGUCCCCUCAGUCCCCUCGGUCUCCUCAGUCUCCUCAGUCCCCUCAGUCACCUUGGCCCCCCCGGCCCCCUCAGCCCCCUCAGUCCCCUCGGUCUCCACAGUCUCCUCAGUCUCCUCAGUCUCCUCAGUCCCCUCGGCCCCCCCGGCCCCCUCAGCCCCCUCGGCCCCCCCUCCCAGCUCGCCCGGCGCCCCGUCCCUAGUGACCGUGCCGUACCUGAGCCCGCUGGUUCUGUGGAAGGAGCUGGAGAGUCUGUUGGUGAACGAGGGGGAGCAGGCCCUGUCCUCCCCCAGCGUCGUGGACCAUCACCCCAUCGUCUUCUGGAACCUUCUGUGGUUCUUCAGGAGGCUGGAGCUGCCCAGUAACCUUCCCGCCCUGGUCCUGGGCUCCCAGCACUGCAUCCAGGGAGAACAGGCCCAGAGCUUCAUGGCAGAGGACAGUAAACAGGUCCUGGUCAGGAUCAUGUGGGACAACCUGGCUCUGCACCAGGACACACUGCAGCCCUGCUACGUCCUCUGGAACACACACUGUGCUAACUCGCUGGUCCGCUCGGGCGUGUGUGGAGAGGGUCAGGUGUUCACGGUGGAGCUGCUGCAGGGAAUCGUUCGCAGCAUCAAGAAGAGCGAGCUAGGUGACAUCACACACCGGACCCUGACCCGGACCCGGACCUUGACCCGGACCCUGACCCGGACCCUGACCUGGACCCUGACCCUGAUCCUGACCCGGACCCUGACCCUGAUCCUGACUCUGACCCGGACCCUGACCCGGACCCUGACCCGGACCCUGACCCGGACCCUGACCCUGACCCGGACCCUGACCCGGACCCUGACCCGGACCCUGACCCUGAUCCUGACUCUGACCCUGACCCUGACCCGGACCCUGACCCUGAUCCUGACUCUGACCCGGACCCUGACCCUGAUCCUGACUCUGACCCGGACCCUGACCCGGACCCUGACCCGGACCCUGACCCGGACCCGGACCCGGACCCUGACCCGGACCCUGACCCUGAUCCUGACUCUGACCCGGACCCUGACCCGGACCCUGACCCGGACCCUGACCCGGACCCUGACCCGGACCCUGACCCGGACCCUGACCCGGACCCGGACCCGGACCCUGACCCGGACCCUGACCCGGACCCUGACCCUGAUCCUGACUCUGACCCUGACCCUGACCCUGACCCGGACCCUGACCCGGACCCUGACCCUGACCCGGACCCGGACCCGGACCCUGACCCGGACCCUGACCCUGACCCGGACCCUGACCCUGAUCCUGACUCUGACCCGGACCCUGACCCGGACCCUGACCCGGACCCUGACCCGGACCCUGACCCGGACCCGGACCCUGACCCGGACCCUGACCCUGACCCUGAUCCUGACUCUGACCCGGACCCUGACCCUGACCCUGACCCUGACCCUGACCCGGACCCUGACCCUGACCCUGACCCUGACCCUGACCCGGACCCGGACCCUGACCUGGACCCUGACCUGGACCCGGACCCGGACCCUGACCCUGACCCUGACCCGGACCCUGACCCUGACCCGGACCCUGACCCGGACCCGGACCCUGACCCGGACCCUGACCCGGACCCUGACCCGGACCCUGACCCUGACCCUGACCCUGACCCGGACCCGGACCCUGACCUGGACCUGGACCCGGACCCGGACCCUGACCCUGACCCGGACCCUGACCCUGACCCUGACCCGGACCCGGACCCUGACCUGGACCUGGACCCGGACCCGGACCCUGACCCUGACCCGGACCCUGACCCUGACCCGGACCCUGACCCUGACCUGGACCUGGACCCGGACCCGGACCCUGACCCUGACCCGGACCCUGACCCUGACCCGGACCCUGACCCGGACCCGGACCCUGACCCUGACCCGGACCCUGACCCUGACCCUGACCCGGACCCGGACCCGGACCCUGACCCUGACCCUGACCCUGACCCGGACCCGGACCCGGACCCGGACCCUGACCCGGACCCUGACCCUGACCCUGACCCGGACUACUACUAUAGACUUAGAGACCAUAGAGACUAAACCUCUAUUGAGCUUGUACAGAGACCUGCUGUUCCUCGCACUGGUGUCUUUGGGAAAACACAACAUCAACAUCAAUGCUUUCGACAGAGAAUACAAACUGGCCUACGACCGCCUCACUCCGGCGCAGGUGAAGCUGACGCACAACUGUGACCGGCCCCCAGGAGCCGGGGUCAUGGAGUGUCGCAGGACUUUCGGAGAACCAGGGCUCUAA